AUGAAGUCGACUCACUAUCUGGCGGUACUUUCAUCCUGCAGUCUUGCAGCUGUUACUUUCACGAAGCCACAAGCUGGAACCACCGUGACCUUGACCAGGCCAGAAGGCGAAUCAUUCGCACGCUUUGCCGUCGGCUGGGCCUCUGACGAGCAACAGCCAGCGAUCAACGAACUUUCCGAAUUCAACUUGGAUCUAUUGAUGGGUGGUAACGAGGCAGGAAAUUCGGUCCCAGUCGCGAUCUCCGAUCACUCGCAAAGCAUGAACAACACAAACGCUAUCGUGGCGCUGUUUGCGAACAUCAUAGGAAGCAUCGAGAAUGGUUUCUAUAUCAGGAUGGUCGCGCAUGCAAAAAAUGAUGGGGCUCACACCGGGUUCGUUCUCUUCUACUCUGAUCGAUUUAGUAUCGAGGGGUUGACGGGCUCUACGGACACUACAUAUCAAACGGCCGCGGCAGCUGUAGAGGGCACUGAUGGGCCGGAGACCUUCAAUGCGUUGCAACAAGCUGACUCCGGUCAACCUCAUUCUACAAGCAGCACACCGAUCUGGACGGUAUCAGCUUCUUCGGCGCCUACGUCCAAGUCUUCGAGCUCGUCUAUUGAGACCAUCGUGCCCUCGCCAGGACUGGGUACGACCAGGGGAGGCAGGAUAGUGAUCGGGCUUGCAACAACGCUUGGAAGCAUUCUUGUCGUUGCAGUCAUUGUGCUCGCGUAUCUGCUUCGACGCAAGAGGCAACAGAAGUCUGGAGUCGAGCCUGAGGCGAUGACAACCACUACAGACAAGCCGGAGCUGCCAGGAGAGGGUAAGCUGAGGUCGGAACUGGAUCAUAUCCACGCUCCGCAUGGAGCAAGAGAUAAUGCGCGAAAAUCUGGUUCUGCGGACUGCAUGAAUGCCGCAGAAUUGCCGACUGACUGGACUGGAUGGGAGGCGCCCGCUCUACUGGAGUCCGAGUCGUCUAGACCGGGCACGCUUUGCGUGUCUGCUGUUUCUGACAGGUCGCAGUCUGCGGUCAGCCCAUUGUGA